GGAGACUCUUGGGGGGGCGGGGAAUCUUGGCCAAGGCGGCGGUGGCGGCUUAGGCACCCACGACUGGCGGCUGUAGCAGCUCCUGGGGCUGCUUGAGGCACGACCAGUUUUCUAGUUCAAAACGAAACGCUCAGUGUAGCGGGCCACGCCCGGAAACUUUGCCGAAGAGCCACGACCUCUUAGCCGGCGCGGCCCGGCAUGAAGCGGCGCUGAGGAGCCGCCGCCGCUGCCGCAGCUGCCUGAGGAGGAGCCGCGGCACUCAGGGCCACGCCGAUGACUACUGCAAACUGUGGCUCCCACGACGAGCUCGACUUCAAACUCGUCUUUGGCGAGGACGGGGCGCCGGCGCCGCCGCCCCCGGGCUCGCGGCCUGCAGAUCUUGAGCCAGAUGAUUGUGCAUCCAUUUACAUCUUUAAUGUAGAUCCACCUCCAUCUACUUUAAAUUCACCACUUUGCUUACCACAUCAUGGAUUACCGUCUCACUCUUCUGUUUUGUCACCAUCGUUUCAGCUCCAAGGUCACAAAAACUACGAAGGAACUGGUGAUGGUCCUGACUCUAAAUACAGCCCAUUAGGUGGUCCCAAACCCUUUGAGUGCCCAAGUAUUCAGAUUACUUCCAUCUCUCCUAACUGUCAACAAGAAGCAGAUACACAUGAAGAUGACCUACAUAUAAAUGACCCAGAAAGGGAAUAUUUGGAUAGGCCUUCUAGAGAUCAUCUCUAUCUUCCUCUUGAGCCAUCCUACCGGGAGUCUUCCCUUAGUCCUAGUCCUGCCAGCAGCAUCUCUUCUAGGAGCUGGUUCUCAGAUGCUUCUUCUUGUGAAUCUCUUUCACACAUUUAUGAUGAUGUGGACUCGGAGUUGAAUGAAGCUGCUGCCCGAUUUACUCUUGGAUCCCCUCUGACUUCUCCAGGUGGCUCUCCAGGAGGCUGCCCUGGAGAAGAGUCCUGGCAUCAACAGUAUGGACAUGGACACUCCUUGUCACCCAGGCAAUCUCCUUGCCACUCUCCUAGAUCCAGUAUCACCGAUGAGAAUUGGUUGAGCCCUCGGCCAGCCUCAGGACCCUCAUCGAGGCCCACUUCACCCUGUGGGAAACGGCGGCACUCCAGUGCUGAAGUUUGUUAUGCUGGAUCCCUGUCACCCCAUCACUCACCUGUUCCUUCUCCUGGUCACUCCCCUAGGGGAAGUAUAACAGAAGAUACCUGGCUCAACGCUUCUGUCCAUAGUGGAUCAGGCCUUGGCCCUGCACUUUUUCCAUUUCAGUACUGUGUAGAGACUGAUAUCCCUUUGAAAACAAGGAAGACUUCUGAAGAUCAAGCUGCCAUACUACCAGGAAAACUAGAGCUCUGUUCAGAUGAUCAAGGAAAUUUAUCACCAUCUCGGGAAACUUCAAUAGAUGAUGGCCUUGGAUCUCAGUAUCCUUUAAAGAAAGAUUCAUCUGGUGACCAAUUUCUUUCAGUUCCUUCACCCUUUACCUGGAACAAACCAAAGCCUGGCCACACGCCUAUAUUUCGCACAUCUUCAUUACCUCCACUAGACUGGCCUUUACCAACUCACUUUGGACAAUAUGAACUGAAAAUAGAAGUGCAACCUAAAACUCAUCAUCGAGCCCAUUAUGAAACAGAAGGUAGCCGAGGGGCAGUAAAAGCAUCUACUGGAGGGCAUCCUGUUGUGAAGCUCCUGGGCUAUAGUGAAAAGCCGAUAAAUCUACAGAUGUUUAUUGGAACAGCAGAUGAUCGAUACUUACGACCUCAUGUUUACCAGGUGCAUCGAAUCACUGGAAAAACAGUUGCUACUGCAAGCCAAGAGAUAAUAAUUGCCAGUACAAAAGUUCUAGAAAUUCCACUUCUUCCUGAAAACAAUAUGUCAGCCAGUAUUGACUGUGCAGGUAUUUUGAAACUUCGCAAUUCAGAUAUAGAGCUUCGAAAAGGAGAAACUGAUAUCGGCAGAAAGAAUACUAGAGUACGACUUGUGUUUCGUGUACACAUCCCACAGCCCAAUGGAAUCCUUUCUCUGCAGAUAGCAUCUAUACCUGUUGAAUGCUCCCAGCGGUCUGCUCAAGAACUUCCUCAUAUUGAGUACAGUAUCAACAGUUGUUCUGUAAAUGGAGGCCAUGAAAUGAUUGUGACUGGAUCUAAUUUUCUUCCAGAAUCUAAAAUCGUUUUUCUUGAAAAAGGACAAGAUGGACGACCUCAGUGGGAGGUAGAAGGGAAAAUAAUCAGGGAAAAAUGUCAAGGGGCUCACAUUGUCCUUGAAGUUCCUCCCUAUCAUAACCCAGCAGUUACAGCUGCAGUGCAGGUGCACUUUUAUCUUUGUAAUGGCAAGAGGAAAAAAAGCCAGUCUCAACGUUUUACUUACACACCAGUUGUGAUGAAGCAAGAACACAGAGAAGAGAUUGAUUUGUCUUCAGUUCCACCUUUGCCUGUGCCUCAUCCUGGCCAGACCCAGAGGCCUUCCUCAGAUCCAGGGAACCCACGUGACAUUGUACUGUCAGCACAAAGAGGCUUGGUUUGUCCCAUUCAGCAAGCGUAUACCUCUAUGGUAACCUCAUCCCAUCUACCACAGUUGCAGUGUAGGGAGGAGGGUGCUGGUAAAGAGCAGCAUAUGCUACCUUCUUCAGUUGUACACCAGCCUUUUCAAGUUACACCUACAUCUCCUGUGGGGUCUUCCUAUCAGCCUAUGCAAACUAAUGUGUAUAAUGGACCAACUUGUCUUCCUAUUAAUGCUGCCUCUAGUCAAGAAUUUGAUCCAGUUUUAUUUCAGCAGGAUGCAGCUCUUCCUAGUUUAGUAAAUCUUGGCUGUCAACCGCUGUCAUCCAUACCAUUUCAUUCUUCAAAUUCAGGCUCAACAACAGGGCAUCUCUUAGCACAUACACCUCAUUCUGUGCAAACCUCACCUCAUCUGCAAUCAAUGGGAUACCACUGUUCAAAUAUAGGACAAAGACCUAUUUCUUCUCCAGUGGCUGACCAGGUCAUUGGUCAACCUUCCCCUCAGUUGCAGCCUAUUACAUAUGGUCCUUCACAUUCAGGGUCUGCUACAGCUGCUUCCCCAGCAGCCUCUUGUCCCUUGGCUAGUUCACCACUUUCUGGGCCACCGUCCCCUCAGCUGCAGUCUAUGCCUUAUCAAUCUCCUAGCUCAGGAACUGCCUCAUCACCAUCUCCAGCCACCAGAAUACAUUCUGGACAGCACUCAACUCAAGCACAAAGUACAGGCCAGGGAGGUCUUUCUACACCGUCAUCCAUAAUAUGUCACAGUUUGUGUGAUCCAGCAUCAUUUCCACCUGAUGGGACAAUUGUGAGCAUUAAGCCUGAACCUGAAGAUCAGGAACCUAACUUUUCAACCAUUGGUCUACAGGACAUCACUUUAGAUGAUGUGAAUGAGAUAAUUGGGAGAGACAUGUCCCAAAUUUCUGUUUCCCAAGGCUCAGGGGUGAGCAGAGUCACUCCCAUCCUGGGUCCUGAGUCCCUGCAUUUAGGAAGAUCUGAUGGGCUCUAACAGUGCUCACUGCAGCCUUGUAUCCACCAACUUCUCAGCAUGUUUCUUUCUUGGACCUUGAGUUUCCAACUCUUUGGCCUUCAGGACUGGUGCCAGGAGUUGGACUCACCACUGUGGGGAAAAGCAGCAUUCCUCCACCUCAGGCCUCAGGUAGAUUUUGUAAAAGAACAGGAGCAGUAUAGGCUGUUUGAGCCAUGGGGAAGAGAGCUUUGCAUUUUUUAUAUUUAAAUAGGAUACUUUUAUAUGAUGGGUGCUUUGAGUGUGAAUGCAGCAGGCUCUCCAUUUCAGAGGUGCUGCUUUUGCAGAUGACCUUGUUGCAUAACUAGGAUUGGUAAUUUGUACUGCUUUCUGGUCAUUUGAAGGGCCCUUUAGUUUUGAUGAUAUUUUUAAAAUAGGAACUUUUGAUAAAACCUUCCAGAGGCAAACAAAAAAAGAAAAAAAAAUUAUCCUAAGCCCAUACCAACGCCUCAGAAACUUGGCAUGUGUCCUGAAGCCUUUCAUAGAUUCAUAGGAAAUAAAGCCAAAUGUAGCUCAUACUCUUUAUAAAAGUAAGCUGUUAGAUAAAAUGAGACCAUUCCAUCAUUGCAGUGUUGGAAUAUAAAGACAUUCCAGAGCAUAGUCUUUUUGUAACUUUCUAGGUAAUCUUCCUGCAGUCUCUCCAUACUGACUCCAUGUUGAAACUGCCUUUUUCCCUCAGGACCAUGGGUAAGAUGACUACUUGUAGGUGACUCUGAAAGGUGAGGUUUUAGCUAAGUAGUUUUCAUUUCCUGCCAUCCUAAAAACUAGCAGUCUGUAAAAGUGUUCUUCCCGGUUGUUACCUGGCCCUAGAACCUUUUCCAAGUGGGAGCUUCUGCCUUUAAUUGUUCUUGUCACCACUGAAGUAACAGUCUCCUGGUGGUUCAGGCAGGUUUGCAGUUCUUUUCUAGAACCCAAGCCAGCUAUGUCAGGAGCUGAGCACAACUGACCUAUGCAUCAGGAUGAACACACACAAAAAAAUACAGGACUCCAUAUGGGAAGGCUUUAAGAUUCUCACUGGCAUAAGUUUAUCUCCCAUUCUAUUAACAGCCUAAAAUGAUUUGGACCUACCCUGUCCUGUGUAGUUGACCUAAAAACUAGCCUUUUUUCUAAAAGGCUUUUAGACACAUCCCAAAAAUGAGAUGGCAUCAUAGACCUGAUCCUCCACACCAAAGAUGCCCUGGUGCUGCUGCUGGUGACACUGGCAUCCAAGGCAGGGGCUAGUACAAACUCCAGCCUGCUGUCUACCAAAGGAGGUACCCAAGGUGGGUACCUUUUUCAAACCCUGCUUCAUAUCCCUCCCUCCAGUGGGGUUCAUUGUUUCUGGGCCUUUUUCAAAGCCCUUGAAGUUUUCAGUCUGUUUUUAAAUUAGAUGAUGUACUUUAAUUUAUUCAGGAAGCAAAUUUUUUGAGUGCCUACAUGUAAGACAGUGUAUUGGACUGAUCGAAGACUUGACGCUGUUAUUUCAGUGGAUUGCAGUCCAUAGAAGCCAGGACUCUUCUGAGGCUAAGUCAGGCCUGAGUAAGGAGCUGGCCUGUUGCCUACCACCUAUAGGGUAGGAACUGCUGACCCUGAUGAGAAAGUAUGGUCUCUUUUGUUGCUGUUUAAACAUCAUGGAUUUCUCCCCUAAAACUAGUUAGAGAAACAGUGUCUAUCCUUUAGCAGAUCACUCUAGCCUCUCUGGGAGCUGGAUGUUUUCAAAUUUUAUUUGAAAGUAAAUUUUGUGUCAGCAUGUGGAUAGUGAGAUUUGCUUCAGGGCCUGUGGUUGGAAGUCCAUAACUUCCUUUGGAGGGGAAGGGGGUUGGCCUCUCAGGUGAAAUUUCAGAGACAUGGCCAGACUUGCUGCACCCUCUAGCCCCAGGGAUAGCUGCCUCACAUGGGGUCUUAUAAGACCCUUUGGGGGUUGCUUUGCUGCCCUCAAGAAGAAAAGCCUCUAUGAUCCAGAGUUGCUAUGCACCAAAUUUUUGAUGCCUUUUAAAUACCUUGAUGCCUGUAGCAUUAGAAAUGCUUUCCUAUUUAAAAUAAAAGUUAAAUUUUAAAUUAGAGCUUUGUAUACUAUGUAAGCAGUUUUAUAUCAGCUUUGUAAGUGCUUUCAUGUAAGAGUCAACAAUAUUUUUUGGCUUUGUAGGUAAAGACUUAAAUUUUUGUGUAACAUAGUGGUGUUAAAGCACACAUCCAUUGGACUAUGCAAAUUAAUUUCUAGUGGCAGCACUGAGCAACUGGGCAUGUGAUAGCAUGUCCCCCUUCCCUCUUAAACUUAUGCUAGAUCUUGGAUUGAAGAAUGGAACAAGCAGUCUUCUGCUUACUAGAGAUGCAGAGAAUCAUGGCUGAAAACAGCUUAUAAAAAGAACAGGUGUCUUCAGAUUCACAUGUGGUGCUGCUGCCCCAGGUCCAACUCUACCAGGGCCAGCUACUGUCACCAGACCUUUACUUGGCCUGGCAGUGAAGCCCUGUUUGUGAUAUUCAGAAAAGAUAUCUUAGUCAUCUUUAAGGCCCAUAUGGGCUCAGAUUGAAACCAUGUAUUUUAUAAAAUGGAUGCUUAGUAAAGAAACUUGUUCUCAGUUAUGUUUACAGCAUUUGGGAUUGUGUUUUCUUGUACAGUUUAUAUUUUAAAACCUUUUACAGGAGUGCAGUGCUCCUUACACAAAUACAAAGGGAAGAAAAGCCAACAUUUCAGGCUUCUCCUUAGUUGUAGUGCUGAAAUAAUAAAUGGUGACAGAUCAACAGUCUCUUUGAAAUUGGU